AUGGCUAUUCGUCAACAAUAUGCUAAUGAAGAACUUGUUCAUAAGCUUCGAUCAAUGCUUAAUGAUUUACCAACAUUACGUACACGCGCGAUUAAAAAAUUAGAACAUUGGCGAGAAGCAGCCAUAAAACGUCUCUUAGCUCGACAACGUGAAUUAGAAAAAACUUUAUUAGAUAAAUUUGAACGACUUGAAUUUGAUACACAAUUAUUUGUUGAAAAAACUGAACGUAAAAAAGCUCAACAACAACGACGUUGGCAAAGUGAACCAUUGGAUUAUCUCAAUAAAAGUGAGAUCGAUCGCAUAUCAACAAAUUUACGAUCAAUACGAGAGGAAUUGGAACAAUCAAAAAUAAUUUUAGCUGGUAAUAUUACAAAUGAAAAUAUUGGUGAAAUUAUAUCAAAUGAUCAUAUACAAGAUAAAUUAACAGAAACAUCACGUUAUGGAGAUAAUUCAUCAUCAAAAACAGCUGUAGAUAAAAAUUAUGAUACAUCAUCAACAACUAAUGAUCUUGGUUUAGAAUUAAAACGUGUAUUAGACAUUUGUACAAGUCCACAAUGUUCAUCAUCAUCAUUAUCAGCCGAAGAACAAGCACGUUUACAAUCUCUUGAUCAUGCUGAAUAUUCUUAUGAUGCAAAAUCUAAACAAACAACAACUAAUACAAGUACAACAUAUCAACAAAAACGAACUAAUCAAACAAAUAAUACAAAUCGUCGACAUGCACGAUUAAUAACAAAUAUUACUAAUGAACAAGAACAAGAACAAAAACAAGAACAACAACAACAAGAACAACAACAAGAACAAGAACAAGAAAAUGUUCAUAAUGAAAUACCAUUCAAAAAAAGUCACAAAUUAGUUGCAUUUGAAUCAUUUGAUGAUUCUAUAAGACGUUUUCAAAGAUUAAGAGAAAUACGAAAAAAUUUGCGAACAAAAUAUGAUAUUAGUUCUCCAUCAGAAUCCAAAGAAGAUGAAUAUCACCAUUCAAAUAAUAAUAUUUCAAAUAAAAAAAUAAUUUCAUCACCAUCAACAAAUCCAGAUAUAAUUCAAUUAUAUGAUCAAGCAGCCAAUAGUGUUAAAAUGCGUGAUAGAAAACUUCGUUCAAGAACACUUGAAGCAAAUCAAAUACGUGCUGUUGAUAAUCAAAUUUAUGGAUGUUCAUCAUCAUCGAAAACUAAACAACAAACACAUCAUCGAUCCGAAUCACAUAAAAAUCGUUCGCAUCGUUUAUCAUUUCGUCGUUCAAGUGAUGAUGUUCAUGAUAAAAAAUUACAAUUACGAAGACAUUUAUAUUCUACAAAUCAUAAUUCAAAUGAAACGUGGUUUGAAGUUGAGAGAGAACAUUGGACAAACUUAUUAGAAAAUGGUUGGAGACCAACUGUUAAUACACCUGGUGUUAAUCUUGUUUCGUUUGCUGAUUCAGAUAAUUCUGGAUCUCAUAAACAUAAACAAGAUGAUAAAGAUAAUACAGUUAUGGAUCUUUAUGAACAAGUAUCAAGAAAUGAAUAUGUUUUGCUAUUUGAACAUCUUGAUUUUGCUUAUGCACGUACAAUUGAUUUGGGUAAUGAAUUUUGGCGUUUUCUUGAAAUUAAUGGAAAUCAUCAUUUAUGUCUUUAUCAUCAACUUAAUAAACAAUUUAUUAUGUAUAAACCUGAUAGUUCACUGUUAUCUUUUCCAUGGCCAUAUGAUGGCAUUGUCGAUAUAUCAUGGUCAAAAGCAACAAAUACAUGGGCAGUGGCUACACAAGCACAAAUUAUUAUUUGCAAUCGUUCAUUUAGCAAAGUUUUGCAAUCAAUUGAUAUUAAUGGUGAUUGGCCAAAACGCAUUACGUCAUGUCGAUCAUCUGUCUUCCAUACAUACAAAAUUUCUGCAUCUUCAUCGAGUUCAUCAUUUACUCGUUCAUCCUAUAAUGAUCGUCCUCAAUUUUUACUUGAACGUUAUGAUUAUACAUUAACUUCAAUAUGUAAACAUAUUCUUGAAUCAUCAACAAUAUGGGAUAUUGAAGCUGAUGAUCUUACUGAACAUUUAGCUGUUUUAUGUGAUGUUGCUUUACUUAUAUUUGAUUAUCAAUUAAAUUUAUUAAGACAAAUUGAAGUAACUGGAUUUAAAGUAAGUACAGAUCAUUUUGGUGGUUGGUUAAUUGCUGAUUAUAAUGCAUCAUGUAUAUGGCAAAUAAGACGAAAUGAAUAUUUAAAACCUCAUAAAAUUUUAAAUGUUGAACGACCAUGGUCUGUUAUACUUGAUCGAAGUAUAUGGACAUUAGUUACAUUAAGUGAAACACAAAAUCGUGCUAAACGUUUAUUAUUUUUUACUAUGAAACAUAUUCCUACAUUACUUGCACCAAAUGAUUUAUCAUCAACACAGUCUCAACUUUCGAGUUCAUCAUCUUCACUGGCAGAAUCUGUGUUGUAA